CAUAGAGAAAUUAUUAAAGAUAAAGCUUUUUUUACGAUUGUUACUGUUAAUGCGGCUAUAUUUUUUAGUGAAAUAACCGCACCUUUCCAAGUGUUAACAAGUUCAAACUGUUCAGAAGCACAAAUAUCGUAUCUUAAUUGUACUUCUAAUGCAGUAAGCUUUACGAGAUGUUCAGAUCAGUCAUCUGUUGAAUGGUACUAUGUAUUUAAUAUUGUAAGGAAUCUUUGCUAUUUGAUUAUCAAACCUGGCUUGCUUUAUCUUGCAUACAUUCGAUGCACUGUAGUUGUAACAGAAUUUAGAUCAUUUGGAAGUUCCUUAUUUCAUCAUGGCAUUGUAUUACUUCGCUCUUUGGAACUGCUUACUUGGUUUAUCGUUAGCAUUCUGGAUCUAGCUUAUUGUCAAGGAUCAUAUUGUGAUAGCAUGUGCAAAUACAUACCAACAACUUUUUAUAUAAAUGACAUAAUGUCAACUAUCUUCCGGUCUUAUUACAUUUUCAUGGAAUCCAUAUUUUAUAGAAUUCUAUUUAAAGAUAAUAACAAAAAUCUUUUCCUAGAGAUUUGUUUGCAGAAAGCUUUAUUUACCUUUGAUAUAUUACAACUCUUAGCAAUGUGUUCUUAUCGAAUAGCAGGACUUAUAAUAAAAGAAGGAACACCAACUUAUCUUUACGCUGAGAUUUGUAGUACUGCCCUCACUAUCUUUGUUAUGACUAGGUUUUGGCAUAUGAUUACCCCUCUGCUAAAAGCUCAGAAAAUUGAUGGAAACGCAAAUAUUGCUCAGGAAGGAAAUAUUGCAAAUAUAAAUCUUACACAGGGAGAAAAUAAUAUAAAUUUAAUAAUUGCUCAGGGAGGAAAUAAUGUAACCAACAACGAAAAAUGA